AUGAAGUCUUACAAUUUACUUUUUUCUAUAUGUUUUGCUCUUGCGAUUAUUUCUAAAAGUGUUUUUGCAUAUGAAAUUGAUACUUACGAUUUUCUGAUGCCCAAUGUUUGGCCUAACAAGGAUGAGCUGUAUCUUUGUACUCCUAUAAGGAUUUCUCCACAGAAAAACUUCUAUGUAGUGGGCUUCAAACCUAAUGCCACGAUGCAAACAGCCCACCACAUGCUGCUCUAUGGUUGCUCCGAACCAGGAUCAAAUGAUUCAGCAUGGAGCUGUGGAGAAAUGCAAAGUAAUGAAAUUGAUUCUCAGUAUACAAGUGCUAGUCCUUGCCGUUCUGGAUCACAGAUAGUAUAUGCCUGGGCCCGUGACGCUCCCAGUCUUCAGCUUCCCGAAGACGUAGGCUUCCUCAUCGGCCGCGACUCACCCAUCAAGUAUCUUGUACUGCAAGUGCACUAUAUGAUGAAAUUUCCUGAGGGAACGACAGACAACUCCGGUGUUUUCUUACAAUAUACAACUUCGAGGAUGCCACGUCAAGCGGGUGUAAUUCUAUUAGGCACGAGUGGCAUGAUCGGAGCCAAUACAGUGGAGCAUAUGGAGACGGCGUGCACCAUCCGAGAGGACAAGGUCAUACAUCCCUUCGCCUUCAGACCCCAUACUCAUGGGCUUGGCACUCAAGUAACAGGCUACGUAGUCCGUCGUUCAGAUAAAGGCGACAGCUGGCAACUUCUAGGCACAAAGAAUCCUCAACUACCGCAAAUGUUCUAUCCAGUGGAGAACACCGAGCCUAUUGAGAGAGGCGACGUGUUAGCAGCGAGAUGUGUUAUGAAUAACACUAGAAAUCACAUUGUGCAAAUCGGACCAACCAAUAACGAUGAAAUGUGCAACUUUUAUCUCAUGUACUGGGUAGAGAACGAUACGCCCUUGAAACAAAAGUAUUGUUUCACCGAUGGACCCCCCUAUUAUUAUUGGAGUAGAGCUCGCGAACAUUUCGACCGCAUCCCUGAAAUGGACGUCAACAUCAUC